UUGUGGAUUCAAUAUAAAAUAGAUUCAAUUUGUAAGGAGAAAUACAAGUAUUUUAUUUCCUAACUGCCAGCACAGCAAACUGGCGUCUGCGAAUCAAUCAUCAUCACCAGUCAUCAUCACCAGUAAUAAAGUUUUUGCAGUUCCAGUUAUGUCCUCAGAGAUAACUGUGUGACUCCAUAGUCUUCAAAUGAUUAUCUCAAUUAUAUUUAAUUUAUUUUCCUUCACUUUGUUUUAUCUUAUGCCAUCAUAUUGCUAUUUAAAUUAGUUGUAGGUGUGUAUAUGCCUGUUGGAACAACUGCUAUUUUAUACCAUAUUAUUCAUUAAACACAAGAAAAGCAUUUUAAAAGCUCAGUCCUGCAAGGUGCUGAACGUUCUGGCCUCAAUCCUGCAAUUUUGGAAGCAAUCGUGCUUAACUUUAAGUGUGUGCAUAGUCUCACUGUAGUCAAUGGAUCUAUUCAGAUGAUUCAAAACAGAGAUAUGCUUAGGUGCUUUGCUGGAUUGGGGCCAGAGUGCUAGGUCUCCCAAACUCAAGCCCACUCAACCCCCUAGGCUUGAUCUCAAGUGACUAGCCCAAGUAGUCACAAGAGACUCAAUAUCCACACUGCUAUUUUAAGUGUGCUAGUAGCCCCAUUAGCUUGAGUCUGGCUACCCAGACUGGGGGGCUUGCUCCCAGCUGCAGUGUAGACAUACUCACAGAGUCAAGCCCUUGCUUAUAGGUUUACUUAUUCUUCAGUAGUCAUUCUGUUGUGCAAAACAGCUAGUUCCUGUGAACUCUGUGAAUCUUAAUCCCAGCUGUUUUUGGAUCAGUGAAAAAAUAAAUUUAUGGUGUUACAAAAUUGUUAACUGUGUGUACCCACAUGAUGGAGAUCAUGAUGAGUUGGUUUUGAGUCACCAUGGCCAGGAUCCAAAUCUCAUUGGAUUCAAUGGGAAUCCUUCCAUUAACUUUGAUGAGAGGUGGAUCAGGCCCCAUAUAUUGUUUAUACAUAGUGUUCCUUUACAUUCAUUUGUUGUAGUAGGCCUUAGUUACAGCUGGUUUUGUAGUAUUUGUUUUACUAUUGCCCAGCUCAGAAUGCAUUAUUUGCUAUAGUAAAUUGUAACACAACCAGUAUAGAUUUUACUGUCAUAAUUAUCCAGUAAGUCAGUGGGAAAUAUUUUACUACAGAAUGGUAGCUUUUAAACACCCCUAAAACUAUCCUUGAAGUACUCACAUGGGCAACCUAUAGAGCAGUGGUCCCCAACAUGGUGCCUGCGGGUGCCAAGGUGCUUGCCAGGGCAUCUAUGUGCACCCGCGUACUGGCCGGCGGACGAGCAUCCUCCGCAAUGCCGCUGAUAACGCCUCUGGAGGACGCUGCUUGUCGGCAACAUUUCGGCGGCGACACCUAUUGACAUUGCUGCUUCUCAGCGGCAUUUCAGCGGAUGCUUGUUCGCCGGCCAUAGUCCGUGGUGGCGAAAAAGGUUGGGGACCACUGCUAUAGAGAGUGUGCCCUUUUCCCUCCUCCCAUUUUUUCCAGGCUCAGUAGGGUUUGCACUCAUAUUUCAUUAAGGUGGCUCUCAUCAGUAUGAAAGUGACUUAGCUAUAGAUUAAUGCAAGCAAAAUCGAUUGCACACCCUAUUUUGGAGGAAGAAGGUGUGAUAGAAUAGAGAUCAUUAUGACCCUCAUACACCUCAACUCGGUUUAAGGGCCUGUGUGCUUUUCUGUGUCUUUCCUGCUUCUCCCACUGAUUCCUGUUGCUUGUCACAAUCCCCCUCCCGGCGCUCAGCCAUUAUGUAACGAGCACUGCCACACCCCGGGGACCUAGAGGGAUUUCACUCUCUUCCCAUUGUCAAUGAAAAGUCUCAGCCGCAAGUUGGACACGCACGCUGCACUGGGGCUUCUGGGGCGGGUGGGCUUCAGCACCCCUGUCCGCGGACAGCUCCGUGCGCCGCGGGAGCUGAGGGGUGGGCAAGGAAGCGCAGCUCCCGCAAGGCUGCUCUCUGCUGGGGGAAGAAGCGGAAAAACUCCGUCCACUCCUCCAGGGUCUCAUCGGGGCGGGGUGGAGCGGGACCCGACCCCUCCCGGCGGCGGCUCUCCCAAAGAGGCUCUGUGAUUUUAAAUGCGCCGAGACCCGCCCCUUCGGGGUGGGGCGUGGGCGGGUCAGGCCGGCCGGGGCUGCCAUAUAACCCCACCUCUUGGGUGAGGACUGCGGCUAUAAUUGGCUGGAUGUGGUAUUUGGAGAUGCUGAGCUGGCUCCUUCCCCCCAUGUCCCUGCACACACACAGGGGUGGGUUGCGCGGGCGGCAGAGGGAGGCAGGGCUGGGUGGCGGCGGCGGCGGCUCUGCCACUCCCUGCCUCCCUACCUCGCUGUCCGAGCCGCUCUCGCUACUGGGCUGCUGCCUGCGGCCGGGCGAGGCGGCGGAGCCGGGCCGCGGGGAGCGGGGGCUGCUGCUGCUGUCGGCGGCGGCGGGGAUGAUGGCGGAGGGCGGCGGCGGGGGGCCGCGGCGGAAGGCGCUGUCCCUGCUGGAGGCGGCCCGCUCCCGCUACGAGAGCCUGCAGAUCUCGGACGACGUGUUCGGGGAGUCGGGCCAGGACAGCAGCGGGAACCCCUUCUACAGCACCUCGGCCGACUCCCGCUCCGCCUCCUCCCAGGACGAGGACGAGGAGCAGCUCGCGGCUGCGGAGGGGCCCGUCCCCCGGGGGCGCCGUGUUCCCAGGGCGGUGGCGGCGGAGCGGCAGCAGGUUCCCGGCGGCGGCGGCAGCCCCGGCCCCACGGAGAAGGAGGCGGAAGAGGAGGGGGGCUGGACCCCGACCCUGCGAGACGCCCCACCCCCAGACUUCAAGGAUAGCUUCGGUCCAACCCAUAAAAUGCCCCCAACUGCCAGUGCCAUGGACUUUUUUCAGCUCUUUGUCCCUGACAAUGUACUAAAGAACAUGGUGGUACAAACCAACAUGUAUGCCAAGAAGUACCAGGAGAGAUUUGGCAAAGAUGAUGCCUGGAUGGAAGUCACGCUAACAGAAAUGAAAGCCUUCCUAGGCUACAUGAUCUCAACAAGCAUUCACCACUGUGAGUCUGUCCUCAGCAUUUGGAGCAGUGGCUUCUACAGCAACAAGAGCAUUGCGCUGAUCAUGACACAGCCACGGUUUGAGAAAAUCCUGAAGUACUUCCACAUUGUGGCCUUCCGUUCCAGCCAGAUGACACACGGCCUCUACAAAAUUCAGCCUUUUCUGGACUCUCUGCAGCAUGGCUUUGACUCUACUUUUAGGCCUUCCCAAACCCAGGUGCUACAUGAACCGCUGAUCGAUGAGGACCCAGUUUUCAUUGCCACAUGCACAGAGCGGGAGCUACGCAAAAGGAAAAAGCGGAAAUUCAGCCUGUGGGUUCGGCAGUGCUCAUCUACUGGUUUCAUCUGUCAGAUAUAUGUCCAUCUAAAAGAAGGAGGCGGUGCUGAUGGACUGGAUGCUUUGAAGAACAAGCCCCAACUCCACAGUAUGGUGGCCAAGAGCCUUUGUCAGAAUGCGUCAGGAAAAAACUACAUCAUCUUCACUGGCCCUAGCAUUACCAGCCUGAACCUUUUUGAAGAGUUUGAGAAGCAAGAGAUUUAUUGCUGCGGAUUGCUGAGUUCCAGAAAAAGUGACUGCACAGGCCUACCUCCAUCAAUGCUGCAUAACCCAGAUGCACCUCAGUCCAGAGGGCAGUACAGAAUAAAGAUGAAGGGAAACAUGUCCCUGAUCUGCUGGUAUAACAAAGGGCAUUUUCGUUUUCUCACUAAUGCCUAUUCUCCAGUUCAACAAGGAGUUAUAAUUAAGAGAAAAAGUGGCGAGAUCCCAUGCCCGUUGGCAGUAGAAGCUUUUGCUGCUCAUCUUAGCUAUAUCUGCAAAUAUGACGACAAAUACAGCAAGUAUUUCAUUUCUCAUAAACCAAACAAGACCUGGCAACAAGUGUUCUGGUUUACCAUCAGCAUUGCCAUAAACAAUGCCUACAUCCUCUACAAAAUGUCAGAUGCCUAUCAUGUGAAAAGGUACAGCCGGGCACAGUUUGGUGAGAGACUUAUAAAGGAGCUGCUGGGCUUGGAGGACACCUCACCUUCUCAUUGAUGCAUUAUUCCUUGUGGCUUAGGUAUGGGGUGGAGGGGGAGCAGAAGAGGAGACCACAGCUCUGGAAUGUCAAAGCAGGGAACUCAUGACAUCACCAAUGCCGCUCCCUAUAGGAAAAAGACAGUGAUGCCAGUAGAGAGGUGGAGACUUUGUUAAAAGUAGCAGCUGGCUGUUGAAUGUCCUACAGAGAGAGCCACAGGAAGUCAACACACAACUGCAUCUGUGAAUGCUCUGCGGGUACCUGUCCAUCCAAAAAGAUUUAAGUUAGUAGCCAUUAGUCUGCCAUAUCUGUUGAACAGGGUCAUCUUGUAAGGCUUCCAUAGGGCUUAUCACGAGCUUGCCACAAAGGGAUGUAGCUCAGUGGUCCUAUGUGGGCAUUACCAAAACUCUGCCUUGUCUGGAGUUCUUUAACUGUGGGACAAGCAAUGUUGUGUCAUGGAUAACAAUGCCUGACACCUUGUAAGGAAUCAUGACAUGGUUAAAGAGAAACAACAUAGAUUUAUAUGUUCUUCACAAGUAUAUUGACAGAUUGACCUGUAACAGGCAAAGACAACAAAGACAGAGUAACAGUUAAGAACUUUUUUUUUUAUUAGUGUAAGGCAAUCAGAUUGCAGUAUAGGAAUAAAACGUUUAGGGGGAAAUUAAACAUCUUGGAGAAUCUUAAAAUAAAAGUCUGAGUGAAAUUUUAAAAAUCAUGGGGAAAGCUGAAUUGAUGCACAUAGUUUAACAAAUAAAUGAGGUAAUACUGCCUGCCACCAUAGCUUCAAUAUUGCUGGUGUGUAGGUGAGAAAUCUCAGAGUAACAACUAACAACUAUAUUUUCUUUGAUUUCAGUUGUAGCUUCAGGUUCUUCUAAGUGUUGCUUAAGAUCUACCUUCAUGGACUAUUUUUUCAUUUUCCCACUUUUUUUUUUUAAAUAUCAAGACAGAUAUUCUUCAUCUUAGAUCUUCAUUUCCUAUUAACACACAUUUGGCAAGCAAAAAUAGUUCACCGAUAGCAGUGCGUUUUGCGUUUUCAUGGUUGGGUGUUCUGUAGGAAUCCUUCUUAGAAUUUGAGAUGCGUCACAGUAGCUGUACUUUUGCAAAUUAUAUGUUUAGAAAAAUAGUGUGUCAUUGUAAAAAACUGUUCAGGUGCAACCAGACGUUGACAUCACUGAAGCAGAACAAAACCCAAAUGCUUUCCUUGUUCUGAGUGACUUUCUGGAAGCUAGAACCAUUAAGAAUUAGUGCAGCCUAGUGCCACUGGCCAGUAUUGACAAGACUCAUUAGCUGAAUGUUUUCAACACAAUACCGAGUUCACUGCCACCAGGACGCUUCAGUGGGGAAAGCAAAAGGGGAGAGAGGUCUGAUGGCAGGAGGCAAAAACCCAGCGCUGGAGUAAAAUACCUAAUACUAUGCCUUAGUUGGCAGAAAUAGGUGGUAUUUAUUAGCACUCUGGAGAUAGAUCAACAAAGACCAUAUAUUCAAAUAAGCUGCCUAAAGCGCAUCACUGAAAUCCAUUUUCAGAGAUGCUCAGAACCGACCACUCUCAACCUGUGAAAAUCAAGCCCCUCAUUGUAAUGCCUGACUUUAGCCAACCACGUUUGAAAAAUAUUGGCCUAAACUAUCACGUAAAGAUUAGAUGACAUGCUCAUUGUGCCCUGUAACUUCAAAAUUUUGCCAAAAUUUAUUCUGAAGAGUUGGUGCUAGUUACAUAGCUAGAAUUACCAAGAAAAGAACAUUGGGAUGAGAUCUGGUUGGAACUUUCAUAAACAGACAGCUUCCCCACAGCAACCGCGUGAUCAGAGCAACCUUCCUUCCUUUGUCUGCAGUGAAAGAACAUUGCUGAGAAAGGAUGAGCCCAAUCCUCCAACACGCUGAGUAUCUCCUGUAAGGGUCUGAGUUCCCCAACUCUCACUGAUAUCAAUGGUAGCUAAGGGCUUUCCUCACCUCACAGGAGGACAUUUUAUAGGAGUAAGCCCCAGACCAACUAGAUGUGUUACACCUGUUCUCUCAGCACUUGGCCCUAACAUAGGGUCUGAUUCAAAACCAUUUUGCAGUCUUUUCAGUGAUGUCAGUGGAUCAAGCCCAUCUACUACAGCAACUGCUUUUUAAAAUAAAUAAAUACAUAAAUAAAUAGUUGGAAAACAGUUUCCCACUGGUUUGUUCUGCUCACCAUACAGAUUGCGUGAGCUAAAAUUUUACCAGGUCCUAGUUUUACCUCAGGGAUUGGCUCCUGAGUAGUUCUCCCUUAUUUUGGUGUUGACAGGCCGAUUACACAGUGGCUGGCUGAUUAUUAUUAUUAUUAUAGGAAAGAUGCUUUUUUCCCCCUCCCGCGCAAAGGAGAAGAACUGAGACAGAAACAAAGUAUUGCUUUGCAAUGAGUUUCAGUCCCCCACCCCCUCCCCCAAGUGUCUCCCACAACCUUGAACUGGCUUCCUUAAGAUGCCUAGAAAUUCAAUAAAAGAACAAGCAAAAACACCACACAACCCACCCCACCCUAUAUAAAAUGACUCAAAACUGGGUUUCACAGCCUAUAAGCAACAUUCACCAAAGUAAAACUUAGCCUGUGCCAAUAAAAUGACUGUGAUCCACUAUAUCUUUCCCAUUAUAUUUAUCUGGAAGGAGGAAGGAUGGGGAUAUUGUGGGAUUUGGUUUUGUUGUUGUUGUUAAAAAGCAUCUCGCAAUUUCUCUUUAAAAUAUUACAAAAACCUUUUCUUGGUUAAAACAAUUUAGUGUCGACAGCAGUUCAGACCUCAGUCUUUAGUCAUUCCCUUGCUGUACAUUAGAUUUUGUGAUUUCCCCCACCCGACCACAGAAAUACGUGGCUGUUCCUUCGUUUCAGAAGUCAAUAAAAGCAAAGGGCUAAGUGUCAGAGGAUUGCAAGAACACUGUUGAUGACAACCUUGUAUGAGCAUGGAUGCCAAUGACAAUGCGUAAACAUGGUUUGUGUGAUGGCUUGUACCAUCAGAUUGGAUAUGGUUAAGUAUCCUCAAGCCAUUCUGGUUAAAGACCUUAAAGCUCAGCAUUAAUUAAAAACUGAGGGAAAUGCCAACUACCUGAGAUCAGCUUCUCUCUACCUCUGAGAAAGGGGACAUUGAAAGUGGAGCAGAUGGGGGGAGGGAAAGUUGUCCCUCUUCUAUUACAUUUGUUUUCAUUCAGUAUACAAUUCCUAGCAUUGGCAAUUCUUUGUUCACCACAGCAUGCAGACUGCUUCAAAGAAUUAAAGUGAGACAGUGCAAUAUGCAGACAAUAUUCUAUGCACAGCACCUCUUCCAAGGAGUUUUCAUGUCCUGUCAAGACAUGUAUUUGAAAAAAGGUUCAUUAUGGUGUGAAACAUUUAUAUAACAUUCACUGAAGCUAAAAGCCAGUGUCAAAUAGUGUUGUAUUAUAGUUUGCUCCACCGUGGAAAACUAUUGUAAGGGCUCCCUGGAACUCUGACCCUGUAGCUUUUUAUCUUAGCCCAUUUGUGCACUUGAAAAGAAAGGGAAUGAUUUAAAGAGACAUCUCUCCUGUUUCCCUUUUUGCUCAGUAGUUCUGGCUAUGUUCGAUCUAAGCAUCUCUCUUAAUCCCUGCCUCUAUUUCUUUUUCAUUAACAGAUAUUUUAAGAACCCAGAUUUCUCAGUGUCACUAAAUAAUUGAUUCAGCGAUAUCAUUUUUGGGUUCUUAUACAUCUCACAAAAGAGAGAGACAUUUCUCUGUUUCCACAGUUACACAAAGGGCACUGAAUCAGAACCAGCAUUUUCAUUCCUGACCUCCAGCAACCCUUACUUUGUUCCUUUUAUAACAGAGGUUUGUUCUUCUAACAGCUACCUAAUGGGUGCUUUCUUGAGUUGGCAGGUAAUGAGGCCUCUGUUAGGGCAAUUCUAUGCUUCCUUUAGGUAUAUGUCACGUUAGGAGCUGAUUUUAGUGGUGGUUUCGGGAAUACACUGCACUGUAAUAACAUUUUGCACUUCUAUAAUGUCUUCCAUCUAAGGAUCUUGAAGUGCUUUAGAAUAUGAACUUUAAUUAGCCCCUCACUAUACCCCUGCGAAGGGGGCAGGAAGUAUCAACAUUCCCCAUUUACAAAUGGGGAAACAGACACAGAGAGGGUAAGUGAUUUACCCAAGGUCACUCCAGAAAGUCUGUGGUAGAGCUGGGAAGUGGACUUGAUUCUCCCAACUCCCAGUCCUUAGGACUGCAUGUGAUUUUUUUAGAAAUUUAUAGUUUUUAUUCAUAGGCCCAGAGGUCAAACUAGAUGUAUUUUUCUAUACUAGAAAAAUAGAUGAAAGGAACUUAACAAGACCAGCCUUCCCCUUUGGAGUAGGGGCAACAUGACUCAGUCACCUCACUAAUUUCAUUUCUCACAAUGCAUUGUGAGCCUCCGCCAAAGCCCACUGCAGUCACUGGAAAGAUUCCCAUUGAAUUCAGUGAGCUUUAGAUGAGACCUAUGGACUUGACUGGGGGAGCCCAGAGCAGGGAGACAAAGAGAGGGUCUGUAAUUCAGAGAACAACAUACAAUGUAGUGCAACCCAGCCAAGAAGAGAAACAGUUACUAACAAUUAUCUCUAGUAAAAAAAAUUAAAAAAAAGUCUAGGUUAAAUAGAUUUCCCAUCCUUCUCUGCUAUGGAAUUCCCAUGGAGCCAAACGCUCAUCUAAGUCUGAGCUCCAAAGAGAAAGCCAACAACAUUUACAGAGCAAAGCAGCUUUGUUGUAUCUUAAAAUAUGUAUAUAUUUGGCCUGCCUUUGAAUAGGGAUCUUUGCAAAUAUCCUUCUAUCAUCUGCUCAAAUGUAAUCGUAUUUACAGUUCUUCUUACUACGUUCCUCCUUGUCUAGGUUACGAUGUAAGGUUACCCUCAACCCCCCCUGUUUUUUGUUCAAAGGCUCAUUAAAAACUAGAGAUGGAAAGGCCCUGUUAGAUCAUCUAGUCCAGGGGUGGCCAACCCGUGGCUCUGGAGCCACAUGUGGUUCCUUGUAUAGGCACAGACUCCAGGGCUGGAGCUACAGGCGCCAACUUUCCAAUGUGCCGGGGUGGGGGGGGUGCUCACUGCUCAAUCCUUGGCUCUGCCACAGGCCCUACCCCCACUCCACCCCAUCCUGCCCCCUCCCCUGAGCCUACCAUGCCCUCGCUACUCCCUCCCCCCCCCCCGAGCCUCCUGAAAGAACUGAUUGAGGGGGAGGCGCUGAUCGGCAGGGCUGCUGGUGGGUGGGAGGCGCUGGGCGCUGAUGGGGGGCUGCUGACAUAUUACUACGUCUCUUUGGCAAUGUACAUUGGCAAAUUCUGGCUCCUUCUCAGGCUCAGGUUGGCCACCCCUGAUUUAGUCCUUGGGGAACAGUGCAGAAUUGGUGCGCUUUAGCUGAUCUAAUUUUAAAGUGUUCCUGUCUGUCAGGUUUCCUCCACGUUGCUUGGGAAACUGGUCUGUAUGCUAACAGAGCUCCCUUUGGAAGCUUUUCCUGAUUAAGAAAAGUCUAUCUUUAUUUUCUUAAUUUCAGCUGUUAUAUGCCCUUGGAUCACAUUAAAUCCUACUAGUUCUUGGUCUACACCUCUCUAAGCUGUAGUUCAUUCUGGAAGGCGAGAGGUCAGACAGAGUUGACCAUCUAAUGUUUUUAUUACUUUGCAAAUGAUACCAUUUUACUUUGAUAUUUUAAUUUUUUUUUUUUUUUGGCAAAGACUGUACCUAUUGCAGUCACUGGGAAGCCCCAACAGUGCUUCCCAAGACAGAUAUCAGAGGUAUCAAAUCCACCAGUGCACUUUUUGAGGCAAUAUUUUCCAUAAAUGUGACUGCUGCCAGAUGGGACCUUGUCAUAGUCUGUUGUACCCCCAUUCAGUCCUCAGCAGCUCUACUGAAACUAUCAUAAGAUCAAAAAGGUAAUAUAUCAAUAGCACUCUUAUGGAGUAAUAACUGCUUGUAUUAGAUGUCAAGGUGGUUCAUACAAUGUGUAGUGUCAAAAUGUCACAAUGUAAACGUCACUCUGCAGAAGUACUCGUUUAGUGUUACUGCAAACAUGGCCCUUUGUUAAGAAGUAUGGGAUUGGGAUGUACAGCCUGAUUGUAGAGGUAAGAAAUCUAACUCCUGGAGCUUGCUGGUCUAAAGGGGGACAUGGUAACUGGUGAAGGGAACAAGGAAUGGGAGAGAUCAGUGUUGGGGUUCCAAGCUUCCUUGAUUAGCAGGUGGUGGAAGGAUGCCUAGUGACAUUCAAACCCGCGCCAUGUCCUGGCCAUGACAGGUGCUCUAGGAGCCACUCUCAGUCCUACAAGGACAGCAGGACAGAUGAGCCCAGUGAGAGGCCGGGGGCAGAUGAAGAACGGAGUAUUCCAAGACCAUGUAACUAUCUAACUCUUGAGUGAGGAAAGGGGACUCAGAGGUUCAACAUUUCUGCUGCAUCUAUCUCCACAUGUGAGAGUGUUCAGACUCCUCCUGGACAAACAGUUUUACACAGAGCAUUUUGUCCUGUGUUCACUGGUCUCAAAGGGCAAAGAACAAAAAGCCUCAAGACGGUCAAGUUGGAGGUCAGACACACUAGGGUCAUCUAUCCCAAAUCCCAACCCACUUGCUGUCAAAGUAACUUUGUGGUAUUGUCCUCCAAUUAAUCGGUGUCCAAGUAUGUGCAAAAAGUGACUAAUGAAGAGCUCACACCUCACCACAACACUGAGGGAAGUUACUUUUUUGAUGGUAAACAAGUUGCAGGUGACUGAUUAUUCAAUUGGAAUUAAUUUUACAACUUGGUUUAGUUAUUCUUGGGUCAUACUCUCCAAUUUACCAGCUAACUUUGAAUCUGGUAGGGGGAAUACAGAGGUAAAAAUAUAUUAGUAGAGUGAGAAGAGAUGUUGGCUAUUAAAGGGGAAAAAAAGGCACACUAAAAGUGUUAGGCCUAACUCAUCGCCUGUCGUAGGGCUACUGAUGUCAAUGAUGGAGUUACAUCUGGCAUGAAUCUGGCUCCCUGUAUGGGGAAAUCAUCAAUAAAAUCCAGAAAUAGUGAUGCGAAAAGUAAUAUGAGCAGCACAUGGCUGCAUUUGGAAGAGAUCAGAUGACAGGAUUAGAGGCUAGGAGUGCAGAGAGAUCCCAGCUGUUCAGCUCCACUACCUGCCCUUCUGUUUUAUGUUGUGGCCUUUUCCCAACCCCCUUUUCACCCCCAUAUUUAAAUAGAAAAGCCAAGAUUUCAUAUCUUUGACACAGCCAGGCAUCCAGCUGCUCUAGCUACAGUGAAGCCAUCGGGUGGCACUUGAUGCCUCUGUUUGGACUAGAAAGGCAGAUUGGCCAUAGGUUUCAGAGUUACAACACCACUGAGUGUCUUAAGAUAGUUUGAAGAGGAGAGUUAAGAGUAACAUUGUAGUAAUGGGAACAAUAGAGAUUCUUCAAGGGAGUCCUACAAGCUAUAAUUCCUUAUUGGUAUGUUUUUUUAACCUGUGCAACUUACAUUCCAUCAAAUGAAAUGACUGUACAGAACACAAGGAUAGUCCGUAGUUCUGUAAGUGCAAUUGAUACACCACUGUUGUCAGUCUGUGCUCACAAACGAUUGCAUUUUAGUUGCAAACUUCCAUUUUCUUCCCAAAACUAGAGUUCUAUUGAAACUGUAAAGACCGUUGAUUAAACGUACAGCGUGGUUUGUUCUCUCUUUGGUUUGAAACUUCUCAGAGCAAUUUUAUAAUAGACAUCUUUCAGAAAAUGUGUGUGGCGCCCCUAUGCAUGGUAAGGCCCACAGCUGCAUUUCUCAGUGUGGCGGGAAACUAUUUUUGUGACAAUGGUUUUUGUUCUACACAAAGGCACGCUUGCAAUAAGUUUUUACAAAUUUUGUACACCAUGAGCUAAAUUCUGAGUUCCAAAAUGUGAAGUGUGGCAACAACAACAACAAAAUGGAUUUAUAGUAUCACUGAAAUCUUGUCAUGUGAUUUUAUUUCUUCAACAAAGUUUGUUUACAAUCAGCAACUUUGAAAUACAGUCAAAAUAUUA